AUGGCUUUCAACUUCUCAAAUUUCACCAAAGAUUUAAAGUCAUUUGGAGACAAAAUAAGCAAUGAAUUCAGCAAUGAGGUGUUACCCCUCGCACAAAGAACCUCAAGAUUGGUUCAAGAGAAGAUAGGUAAGGUGAAUGCCGACGAAAUCUCCCAAUUACCAAGCGAAUACUUGGAGCUAGCAGCCAAGUGCAACAACAUCGAAAAGUUGUACAAGAAUGUUUUAAAGAUCACUGUCAACUACGAGAACGAGGGCUAUGACUAUCCAAUCAAUAUGCAAGAACUGUUCAAUGAAUUUGGAAAGAAUAUCACCAACAGGGUUAGCAACUUGUCCAAGGCCACCACUCCAGCAGAAGCCCAAGCGGCGUUGGUUACUCCUGACGGACAAUUCAAGCCGCCAAAGACAUUCUACCAUGCAUUGGCAAGGGCUACCGACGGGUCAAUUUUAACUUCCUCGUCCAAGAAUGAUAACGACGAGGAUCCACUCAUCAAGUGCCUUGAUUUGUAUUCCUCCAAUUUGAACAAAAUUGCCAACGCUCGUUUGGGCCAAGAUCAGUUGAUUAAGGCUAAAUUCAACACCCCAUUAACAUCCACUUUAAGACAGUUGAUUCUGCAAUCCAACUCUAUACAAAAGAAAGUCGAGCAAAAGAGAAUUGACUAUGACUUGGCAAGACUUAGCUUAACCAAUUGCCUGAAUCCGGCGAAGGAACCACAAUUAAGAGUGGUGAUGGAAAACACUGAAGACGAAUUUGCCAACACCGUGGAGGAUGCUAUCAACAUCAUGCAGAAUGUGUUGGAUAACGCAAAGCCAUUAGAAGAAUUCUUAGAGUUGGCCAAGGCUCAAUUGGCAUACCACAAGUUAGCACUGGAACUUUUAACCGGAUUGACAAAGGAUUUCGAAGAAUUAGUGGAAGAGAAGGGUAGCAGCCACACAUCAGGCAAAGAUUCGGGAGAUUUUGAUAUCUAG